AUGAUAUCGAUAACUGAUUGUACACCUGACCCUGUGUCUGACAUAUUUUGGAUUGGAGGCGGGAAAACAUCUCUUUCAAAUUAUAAUUCCACAAACAAUUAUGCAAGUUUUUCUACAGCAUUUUACUUUGGAAAUUCUGUUGGCCAAGCAAAUGCAUCGUUUAUCAAUGUAUUAUCAGGAACUGCUACAUAUAGUUCUCUUGUCUACUCUGACUCUAAUUGUAUUUUAAAACAUUCGAAUUUUUAUAAUAAUAAAGUUAAUGAGAAGACAGAAUGCCUUUUGGCUGUACAUGCAUCAAUUUUUGUUAUAGAUCAUUGCGUUUUUGCUCAAAAUUCUGCACAAAUUUUCGCAAAUAAUAAAAUAUCUGUUUUAAGUUGCUCGUUUUACGAAAAUUCAUUUAGCUCGACAUAUCCUUCUAUUCCUUAUAGCGGAACGCAUAGCUUCACUGUAAAUACUCAGUGCCAUAUGUGGAAACACGACGACUGCAUCAAAAAGUAUUCUUGUGUAUCACAAUAUUUCACAAUAAACUCAUUUCUAUUCUCAUUCUCCAUUUUCAUUCUUUUUCUUUAA